AGAGAGAGAGAGAGAGAGGGAGAGAGAGAGUGCAUCCAGAUCUCAGUCAUUCAUCUCUUGGGGAGAGGAGAGGAAACUACAGCAGGACGGGAAAAGAAACAGUUUUUGAGCGAAAAAAAGGAUGAUUUUUUUUUAACUUCUGCGUUCAAUCUCUGACUUGACAAGCCUCCUCCAGCUGCAGUUUUCCUUUUCAUUAUCAUUAACAACACCCCAAAUACUCUGCAAGCUGCUGCAAGUAUUUCACAUCGCUCCUUCGACUGUGGGGUGGAGAUACUUCCACUUCUUCUCCUCCUGCAACUGAGGACACUUUUCUCUCUCUUUCUUGAAACUGCAUAAAAGCUGCAUGUUUUUAUAAGCAUCUCUUGCAACUUGAAUGUCUUUACAACUUGGACAGAGAGAGUGAAGUCCUUCGAUGCAGUGUGCGUAGAAGGGACUGGUUGGUUGUUUUAGGGAGGUGUAGGAGGAGGUGACUUCAGGAGGACGCACCGGGAUCAGACCGCUCCUGGAAGAGCUCCGGGAAGAGGAGGAGGAGGGUGCGUCACCCUGAGGAGAAGAGCAUCCUCCCAGCCUUCUCACUCCAUACAAACACACACCCUUAAGACAACGCAGACACAGCAAUCUCAGAAAAUUACCAUAGAGGGACAUCAUAUAAGUAUUUUAGCAAACUAACACUCCUGAAGUAACAUAAAGUAAAGAUUAAAACAUUACAUUAAAAAAAAAACCACAAAAGUACAUAUAAUCACUUUGUUCCACAGUCAUACUACAACUCAUUUAAGGGAUAUUGUAGGGAUAUUAUACGACUAUCAUAGUUUAUUUGUCAGCGGAACACGCACACGGACACUCAGGACGCCCAGCACGCCGCUGCAGAAUGGAUCUCCCUCCAAUCAGAGGUUUAUCUGAUGUGCCGUGAGAGUUGGGAGCACUUUGCCCCAGCCCCGGCCUGCAGCCCUGGUGCCACCCAGUCUGGCUCACCAGGAUGGACCCUGCUCAUUCCUUCGGCGGGGAGCUGGACGGGCUGGACCUUCAGCAGGUCCCAGUGCUGUCGCUCGACCAGAUACGUGCCAUCCGGGCCAACAAUGACUAUGUGGAGAGGCCCGUGGCACUGGAACCGGCAACCCAGUCCGGAUUUUUCUACGCCCAUGAAGAUCGUUACCCCCAUGGAGUAUUCUCCCAUCACCCCCAGCCUUCCUUUCGCUCAGCCCUGCCCCGCAGCCAAAGUCAGCAGCAGCACGCUCACCUGUCCCACCUGAGCCGUUCCAGUACCAUAAGCUCCUCCAUGUCUCGGACCAGUGCCACCUCAGACCAGCGGCUACUGGCAGGUUUGACACCAUCUCAUUCUGGCUUAGGUUCAGUGGUUCGUUCUCAGCCUAAAGGAGAACUCAAGCCUGAUGUUUCUUUGGGUAAAGGCCUGACAGAGGACGAGGCUGAGCAGGGCCUUCAUUUAUUCAUCUGUGAGCGGUGUGGUCGCUGUAAGUGCCAAGAGUGCUGCACCCCCCGCCGCCUGCCUUCCUGUUGGGCCUGUGGACAACGCUGUCUAUGUUCUGCCGAAAGCGCCGUGGAGUAUGGCACCUGUUUGUGCUGUGUUAAAGGCCUGUUCUACCACUGCUCCGCCCAGGAUGAUGAGGAUAACUGUGCUGACCGGCCAUGCUCUUGCGCUCCAGCCCACGCCUGUGCCCGCUGGGGCACGAUGGGGCUGCUGGCGCUCUGCCUGCCCUGCCUCUGCUGCUACCCCCCUGCCAGGCUGUGCCUUGCCCUGUGCCAGUGUGCCCACGACCGUGCCACACGCCCCGGCUGCAGGUGCAGCAACACCAAUACUGUGUGCCGCAAGAUUUCCGCAACCAACCCUAACCCUGGUCAUCCCUCACUCCGUAGCAAGGCCCUGGAAAAGCCGUUAUGACAGGCCUGGAUGGGGGCCAGGUAAAUCCAUUUCCCCAUCGCCGUCGCCAAAGCAACGCUGUCGCCAACAGUGCCACAGCUGACAUUGUGACGACAAUGCCAUUGUGACCCACCUACCUACGUACGACAAGCCAACCAACCAACCAACCAUCCAACCGUGAAGUGUUGUUCACCUAAUGUACCUUGAAUUUACUUCUUCUCCAGCUCAGGAGGGACCAAAGCUUUACUGUGCCUGUUCAUGUUGGAGACUUCAUGCCUAAACACAAAAACUUGUCCUGAAAAAGAAGAAGCUGUCGUGCUUUGCUGGACUGCCCUUCAACCUUAACCAAGACUUCCAGACAAAAAAAUCUCUCUCUCU